AUAUCGCGGCAGUUGAUAAAAUAUAAUUAGACCGCUACAGCGCGAAACGCGGUAAAGAACAACGGUAUAAUGAAAUACACGCUAUAAACAAAUCAAAAGGCUUGAAAGUGCUGUGUAAUUUUCAUUUUUAUCUUGAUUAUGUGAGAAGUGGAUGUUUAUAACUUUAUUGCUGGGAAAAAAAUUUUAAAUUUUAAAAUUGAUAAAAAAAAGCAGAAAAAAAUUAUAAGAGAAAAUAAAGAAUAAAAUAGAAUGAAAUAAAAGAAAAUAAAAUAGAAUUAAUUUAAAUUAAAUAAAUUAAAAUAAAAAUAAAAUUAAAAAGUGCUGUAAAAGUAAAGUGCGCGUUUGUUAAAAAAAAAAUAAAUUCAAAAAUAAUUUUUUUAGUUAUUAUUCCGAAACACUUACAUUUAACGCGCUACAAAAUGAGCGGUGUCCUACGUCGUGGCUCACUGAACUUCGACUGUAAUUUGAAGGGCAGCAAUUCGCGCGGUAGCAUCGAAGCAAAUUUAUAUGGCGGUUACCGUGAUCCAAAGCCGGGUACGCCGGAAAUCAGCGUGAUCGCUUUAGACUGUCGUCGCUACUCGGAAGAUUUAAAAAAGGAUGCAAUGUUGAAUGAAGGUCUGCCACCACCCGUCGUCGGUGAUUUGAGUCAAGACGAGGAUGCGGAUGUGAUUUCGAAUUUUAUUGGACAUCGUGGCAGGUGGCAAUAUAUUUGGACUAUUCUGCUUACGCUCUUUCAGAUACCACCGACAUUACAUUUGUUCAUCUACACAUUUCAGACCAUCGCCAAGGACUACUGGUGCGCACGCCCUGACACCGCACCCGAUAUGGAUGUAACGCUGUGGCGCAAUCUAAGCCAACCUGCUGGCGCCUGUUCUAUACUAAAUUUAAAUUACUCGCUGCUACCUGAAACCGCUGGCGCCGCUGAGACCGCGAAACUAAUAAAAUGCAACAAUUUUGAAUUCUCCCGUGAAGAUGGUAGCGCACGCUCGAUAAUUGAAGAGUUCGGCUUGGUUUGCAGUCGUCAGCACAUGGUGAGUGUGGUGGAAAUGUGCUUCUUGGCCGGCGCAGCGGUGGGCAGUGUGUCGAGCGGGUGGAUCUCCGAUCGUUUCGGUCGCAAGCAUACACUGAUGGGUUUCGUUUUGGUACAAAUUAUUUCCGGCACUUUAAUUGCUUACUCCGUCAAUUUGGCUAUGUUCAUGUCGAUGCGUGUGUUUGCCGGUUUUGCCUCCAUGACAGUGACUGUGGUUAGCUUCGUUCUCGUCGUUGAGUUGGUUUCUGGCAAAUGGCGUACCAUAACGGGCAUUUUAAAUAUUUUGCCCGUUCCGAUUUCGUAUAUUCUCAUGGCUGUCAUAGCAUAUUUUGUUCGGGACUGGCGGACACUACAAUUGGCGAUUUCCCUACCUUGGUUAUGCAUGCUACCGAUUUGGUACUGCAUGCCGGAGUCGCCACGUUGGCUACUCGCACAAGGGCGUCUCAAUGAUUUAUAUGCACUAGUAGAACGUGCUGCCGAGCUCAAUCAGCGCACACUGCCGCCAAACUAUAAGAAGACACUUGAAGCUGCAGCACCGGCACCAAUACCCAAGCCCAGCAAUGCAUCAACUAUGAUCAAAACACAACAACAACACACACUGCCAGCAUUUAUGACAGCAUCUGAAGGAGGCGGUCACACCAUUGAAACGGCAAUGGCCGGGACUACCGAAGCUAUACCCAAUAUUCAUGAGAAUCCAUUAAAGGUGGUCUUCAAUCGUUUUUAUUGGCGCACAACUUGUCUGAAUUUGAUUGUCUGGUUGACUUUGAUUAUCGUCUACUAUGGUUUGACCUUGCAUUUGAGCAAUUUGGGUGGUGAUAUCUAUUUGAAUACGAUCGUAGCCGGCGCAAUUGAAGCGGUUUGUGUUUGUGUCAGCAUUUUUGUAGUCUUGAAAGUGGGUUUGCGACGUAGCCUGAUCGCAUAUAUGCUAGUACCCGGAAUUUGUUGCUUAGCUACAAAUCUUGUGCCAACCCGAGAUUUAAACCAAACUGCCGUGAUCGCGAUGGCAAUAAUUGCAAAAUGUGUUAUUGGCGCCAACAAUGCCAUUAUUCCGUCGUACACCGCCAUGCAGUAUCCAACGGUUGUGCGUAAUUUUGGUGUGGGCAUGGGUAAUCUAGCAGCGGGAACAGCCUUAAUGUUAACACCCUAUAUGUGGCUUUUGGAACACGUGGACCCACUGCUGCCAAUGAGCAUAAUGGGUGUGUGCGGAAUUAUUGGCGCUAUUGCGUUAUUCCUUAUGAAGGACAUUAAACACUAAGGAUAUGUUAAAGUAUGCAUAAAUAAGAGACAAUAUUGAGAAAAUUGGCACUUGGUCAACUGUAAAGAGAAGCCACGAACAACAUAAAAUAUACGUAAUAUUAAAACAUUAAACCCCAUUGGCCAACAUUCCGAAGCUGUCUGAACUGUGAUAAACAUAACUAUUUGGCAGUUUGAAGUUUUAAAACAGUUAAGAAAGCUUUCCAAAAUAGUUUUAGAAAAGAAGUGAAAAAUACUACUGUGAUCAAAUUGAAAGGUGAAUUUUGUCUAUUUCAUUUCCUUCAAAGUAAUCCCCUCUCGCUGCAAUACGCCUAUGCCAAUGAAUUUUCCAGUCAUCAUAUCACUUGCAAAAAUCCUCCGUCGUAAUGGCCAUUAGAGCCUUCUUCGAUUCAGCUUUUAUAUCCUCAAUUGAGUUGAUCACAGUAGUAAAAUGUAUGUAUGUAUAUAGUUAGAAGUAAAUAAGAGAAAUAAUGGUUUAGGAUAUAAGUAUUAUUAAAUACAAAUAAUGUUAAUGUUUUUUGCCUCACUUAAAGCAUAUCUAAUUGGAAGCCGAAUUUAUACUUUUUAGUACCUAAAAAAAACUUGUUUUUAUGGAAGAAAUUUUGACACCACUGUCUCGUAAGCUGGCGGCAACAGAAUACUCGCUAAAAAAUGCGAACACUAGUAAAUCAACAACACAAACUCGACUGUAAUAUUUUCGGCAAAUUUGGUAAAAUUUAAAAAAGGCAGCGACUUAACGGAACUCUUGGCUGAAUUGAGCGUUCUUUUGUCACUCGCUUACAGAAAAUAGUCCCUCUACGUAAUAUGUAUAGUAAAUUUGAGUAAAUUUUUUAACACUUAGUUGUUAAAAUUACACAAAAGUGUGAGAUAUUUUUUUUCUGUAUAUAUUUUUACUAUAAAUUAACUCUUUUUUGUUGAAAUUUCAACUUUUCAAAAAAGUAAUUAAGUUUUACUAUGCUUUUAACUGUCAUCUCAAUAUGCAAAGCUCUCUAUCUGUUACAAUCACCACCAAAACUCACGAUAAAAGCUCUAAAAAAAAGCUCGCGUGCUUCCGAGUAAAUAAAACAUAAAGCCGAAGAAGAAAGCUUUGAGCUUUGAGCUUCAUGCAAAUAUACAUAUUUACUAAAGCUUGGUUAAGUUCAAUUAAGUUAAGUUUAUACCUAUGAAUCGCACUUAUAUCGUUUUUAAAUGUAUAAAAAUUUCAUCAUAACAUUGAAACAAAUAAAUAAACUAAAACAAGUUAAA